AUUUGAUUAGAUGGUGUUAGCUGUUAAUUGCGAAAUCUUUUGUGUUCAUUCGUUAUCACUAAUUUUCCCUAUUUAUCGAUACACAUACAUAUUUUACGUCAAAUUGAUGAAAAUUCGUUCAUUGCUGUGUCAGAUAUCCGGCAGCAAUGUUGUGUGAAAACCGAGAACUAUGCCUCGUCGUUUGUGGGGUCUAAGGAGGCUGUUAAGGAUGCCUUUAUCGGAGACUGGGGACCAAUAUUCAAUAUGGGUGGGUUUAAUUUAUGUUUUCAACUUAAUUGUUGGAACUGGAGCUUUGACCUUGCCGGCAGCAUUUGCUCGAGCAGGAUGGGCUCUCAGCACAAUAUCACUGAUGUUCCUUGCAUUCAUGAGCUUCUUGAAUGCAACUUAUGUCAUAGAAACUAUGGCUUGCGCUAAUGCUGUAUUUAAGUGGAAGAGGUUGCAGACUAUCAAGAGGGAGAGUAUCCAAGACCAUGAAUCAGAUGAUGACCCGUCUACGUCGCAGAAUAACCAUGGUGACCUUGAAGAGCCCUUGGUCUGUGGUGAUACUAUCCCCUCUCGAUACUACAGCCUGGACCGGCGGGUGGAGCUCGGAGAGAUGGCCAACUUAUUCUUUAACAAACUGGGCAGGACCACCUUCUAUUGCACGCUCUGUAUAUACCUGUAUGGAGACCUGUCUAUCUAUUCAGCAGCUGUCGCGAAGUCGGUUAUGGAUGUAGUGUGCUCCCCAAUUCCUCCGAACGUGACUGAUUCUAAGAUGUGGGAUGAGCUGCCGUGCUUCAAUUCUUCUACCGCGGAGCACACCGGGUAUACCCGUCUGGACACUUACCGGGUAGCUCUGCUCACAUUCGUCGCAGCCAUGGGUCCCUUCGUCUUCUUCAACGUUCAGAAGACCAAGUACCUGCAGCUGUUUACCUCGGGCAUGCGGUGGUUGGCAUUCACAAUAAUGAUCUCAAUGGCGAUCCAUCUGCUGGUGGGGCGCGGGCCGCAGGGCCACCCGCCCCCCUUCGACGUGACGGGCAUGCCCACGCUGUUCGGCGCCUGCGUGUACUCGUUCAUGUGCCACCACUCCCUGCCCGGCCUCAUCGCGCCCAUCCGCGGCAAGACGAGGCUCGGCCUACAUCUGUUCUUCGACUACGCUCUCAUCGCCAUCUUUUACCUGCUCCUUGCGUUCACUGGCGCCUUCGCUUUCGCACAACUAAACGACUUAUACACCCUUAACUUCAUCCCAGCAGACAACGACAACAUAUUCCUAGAAGUCAUCGAAUAUUUCCUCGCACUGUUCCCAGUCUUCACUCUGUCGACCAGCUUCCCAAUCAUUGCCAUAACUCUAAGAAACAAUUUACAAAGUCUCUUCCUAGACACUUCAAGACUUGAAUCGUACAAUUUUAUUUUGAGGAGAGUAAUAUUUCCGAUCGUAACUGUGGUUCCUCCAAUAUUGCUUACUUAUUACUUAGAAGAUAUAAGUAUUCUGAUCGAAUUCACGGGCUCGUACGCUGGGACGGGCAUCCAGUACUUUAUUCCAACGUUCUUAGUGGUGUCUGCGAGGCGCCACUGCACUAACUUGCUAGGGUUAGGAGUAGUCAAUAAGUAUAAAAGUCCAUUUUCCCACGUCGCGUGGGCGAUCUUUGUCCUCCUGUGGUCAUUUGUGUGUAUAAUUUUAGUGUCAGUUAACAUAUUCGAGAAGAACUCAUGACAUUAAUUGUACAAUAUUGCAAAAAGCAGAUUUUGUUAUGAAAAGGAGAAAUGGAUAGUAAUCAGAGUGAGUAUACAGGCAGGUUGCUUAGAUCUAAACUGAAUAGGAUAAGUUUUUUAAUGUCUAAUUACUGUUUUUAACUAAAUCCAAUUAUUCGCUAACUCGGUGUAUGCGUGAGAAGUCUGGUAAAACGACAAUAUAUUCCUUGUGUGUUCAUAUUUUUAUCCUCCGCUGUGCGUUCGACAAUACUGAUUAAUUUUUACCUGUAUAAGGUUGUCGUGGGCACAGCCAUUCUAUUUUUGUAUCAACAUUUGCCAUAAUUCAUAUUUGAUCCAUAUCGGUAUCAACUUUUAAAA